AUGUGUAUGAAUGCAACAGCUAAAAUUAUUAAUACAUGUUUUCGUCGAGGUGAUGCUAUUAAUUUUUUCAAAUAUAAAACAUAUGCUAGAGUAGCUGCUGUCGUGUCAUUUGGUGAUUUAAUAUUAAGAUAUUUUGGACGCGAAAAAAUUAGUCAAGCAUUUGAAGUUAAUAGUUCUUCACAUUUUAUGAGAUGGUGGACUGGAAAAAAAGAAGAAUUUCAAAACUAUAUAAAGAAUUUCAACAUUGAAAUUGAUCGAGAUCGUUUUAAAACACCAACAUUUAAAAAACAACAUUUUCAUUUAAAGUUGUUACAGUUGAAUAGAGUAUUAAUGUUGGUAUAUGAUUUACUUGUAUUUAUUGAUUUUGUUUUAUUUAAAUUACGGGCACAUCGACAUGUUUUAUUUAAUAUUGAUAAAAUCAAAUAUAAUGUAUGA